UGGGGACACGGUGGUGGAGCAACUGCACGCGAUGACUCAUGGUCAUUGAACCAUGGCGCCUUGAUUCUGCCGAGUGACGGGUGGCGGUCGCGUUGUGUGCGGAGAGGCUGCGAAAACAAAGCGCUCAAGCGGCGAAUGGUCAUGUUCCUUUGCAGUCGGCGUGCGUGGCGCCUGGGAGGAGAGCGAGACGGAGGCGCAGGGGGAGGGAGGUGGAGAGAGCGACGACGGGAAGUGACGACACUCAACUAUUAAGCCUCUCUCCCUCUUCAACACACUUGUGCCUCCUGUGUUCGCCAAAGGACGAUAGCUAUGUCUUCUGGAGGAGCGGCGCCCGACAAGGGUAAGGGCGAAGCUGGAGCGAGCUCGGCCGGCGACAAGUCGGUUCUGGAACAGGGCGUGGCGCUGGCCAAGGCCAACCCUGCCGCAGCAGCAGCGACUGGAGCGGUGGCAUCUGGCUUUCUUGUCGCUGCCGGAAGAGCUGCAUUCCGUAGGCUCAAGCGGUACUCGGCAAGGAAGCGGAACCAGAUCGACCGCAUCGAACAGGCGUACAGACUGUACAUCAACGAGGACUUUAACGCGGUGAAGCAGUUUAAGUUCAAGCGGCAGUACGUGCCCAGCUACGCAGUCUCGCGGGUCUCGUUCUCGUCAGAUGCGUACCGGGCUCGGCUCUCGCGAAAGUUGCCGGUGUUUGACUCGCUGUUGCGGACGAUUUGCUCGUACCAGGCGGCGCGGGCGCGGCGCAAGACGCGCAAGGGCAAGCUCUCUGAUCCGACCCACCUGUUUCUGGAUGAGCUCAAGGACUGGAUCGUGGCGUUUUCGUCGUCGCCGAUGGAUACCGAAGCGAGCCUGCAGGAGGCCGAGGCGCGGCGCGACUAUGUAGAGCAUGUCAUCUUUUCGGGCUUCUUCUACCCGUCGAAGCACUUUAACUGGACAACCGAGACGUUUGAGCAGACGGUCCUGCAGGUGUUGGCGAUUCUCAACGAUACGCUCAUCCCGCUCAUCCGCAACGGCAUUGCUGACCUCUCGGUCUCGUACCAGCUCUCGGAGCUGUCGGACAAGGUCAACAUGCUCAUCAACGAGUCGGCAAAGUACUGCAUGCGGGUCUUUGCCGACACGGAUGACCUCUCGCGGACGCUCGACGUCCUCUACCGCGACGUGGACAACCUCAACUCGCAGUACAAGACCGCCAUCACGCUCACAGUCCGCGAGCUGCUGACCUCGCCGGACGCACGCGUGGCGCUGGAGCGGGCGGACGAUGUCCGCUCGCUCACCGAGGACGAGUACAUGCGGCAAGGCCACCCGCUGCCGGCCAACUUUUUCGUCGACCACCGCGGAGCCUCGAUUGUGCCACCGGGUGUGUUCCUUCGGUACAAGGCUGCGGUCCCAUCGGUCGACACCUCGCCACGGUACUUUUUCGAUCAGAUCGAGCAGGCGUCCGGAGUCGCGUCGGGCGUGCUCCCGCUCUUUCUGCGCGACCCGCUGGUCAUGGAGACCUUUGUCUCGUUGCUUGGACGGCUGCAGCACCUUGCAGCGUGCAAGGAUCUGUUUGCGCAGGCGGUCCAAGUCGCCAACACCGGCGGUAACCUCUCGAUCUGCGGCCACCGCGAGGUCAACACCCACCUGGGGUACCUCCUCCGAAUUGUCUCGGCGCUUGUGGCCGAGAUCCGGUCUGCGGUGGGGCGCAUCAACCUCGCCGCCGACGAGGCGAUCUGCAACAUUGUCUCGGCGCCGUACGAGGAGGGCCGCAAGGCCGACCUUGUCAAGUCGAUCGCCAAGUCGCGGCGUAACUCGUACAAGGAGCACUACAAGGCGGUCCUCACCUCGCGACAGCAGAUUGAGACGCUUGUCAAGGAGGCACUGGCCACGGUCUCACCCAUCCUGCAGGAGCUUGACAAGGCGUCGGUCGGCGACCUGGUGGCGGAAGCCUCGGAAGCCGUCGACAAGUUCACCAGCCACGUUUCACGGCUUCUCGGCGAUGCCAAGGACACUAGUGCGGCGUCGGCAUCGCGGGCCUCGGCUUCGAACACGGUCGCCAUCACCAAGAACGACGACGUCGCCACAGCGGCAGCGGCAGCAGCGGCGGCGCCCGCGGCACCCAGCGCGCCGGCCGUUGUCGCUGCCACCUCGUCUUCGGCGCCUGGCCUCAUCCCCAGUGAUGACCUCGCGAGCGCGCCAGUCGACACCGACACGCUUGUUCGGCACAUCGAGCUGCGGCACCUCAAGCUCGACGAUGAGCUCUCGCGGCAGAUGUGCGAGCUGCAACUCAUCCCCCACCGGGCCUCGGUUGUGGACGUUGACGUCUCCAAGUGCACCAUCUCUCCCGGAGCUACCGCUAACCUCUGCGAUGUCUUUGCCAACUGCCCCAACCUGCACCGGCUGCGGUUCUGGAACGCACAUCUCGGCGACGAGGGCGCCGCUGCGGUAGCUGGCCUUCUCUUCCGCGAGGCACGGAUGGCACCGCGGCUGGCCUCGCUCCGGUCGGUCGACCUUAACGAGAACAACCUCGGUCCGGACGCGGCGUUUGCCAUUGCUGACGCGCUCAAGGCCGGGGCACGGAUCAAGUGGCUUGACCUCGGGUACAACCACAUCGGCGACUCGGGCGCAGCUGCGCUUGCGCAGGCGCUCCACCAUCAGCACCACCUGCAGGGUCUUGUCCUACAGAACAACGACAUCGCCGAUGCUGGCGCCGCCGUCCUCGCCAACAUGCUCAUGUCUAACGUCGCGCUCCGGCACCUUGGCCUCCAGGCCAACGCCAUCUCGGACCUCGGCGCGCUCACACUCGCCGACGCGCUCGACCUCAACCGUACCGUCACCCAGCUCUUCCUCAACGAGAACCUCAUCGGCGAUGAGGGCGCGACCCGACUCCUCGGCGUCAUGCGCGACCGCGAGCGUGUCCUCGUCUCGGUCUGCAACAACCGCCGUGUCAAGGCCGGCCUUGA